CAAAAAAGGUUCACUCAGAGUCACAGACGCCCCCACAAUUAAAUCUCUGCGAGAGAGGAGAGGAAAUAAAAAAAAAAAAGUUCGGUAAUUUUAUUUUAGUCUGGAGCCCUAAAAGUCCCCACAUCUUGGACCUGUGUCAUCAUGGAUCCCAAUAACCCUCCAAAUCUCUUAAACCCUUCAGAGAACAAGAAGGCAGAAACAGAGGUUAAGGUUCUCAACAACACUGUUGAAGGAAAGAGGAAGGAGAAGGGGAAGGAAGGGCGUGAGAUUCAGACCAAAUCGAGCAAAGAUGGACACCUUAAAGUGGAAGGACGCGGUCGAAGAGUCAGGUUGCCUCCUCUCUGUGCUGCCAGGAUUUUUCAACUGACUCGAGAGUUAGGUCACAAAUCCGACGGCGAGACUCUCCAGUGGCUUCUCCGCCACGCUGAGCCGUCGAUUAUCUCCGCCACCGGAACUGGAAUCAAACCCGCCACCGACUCCGUUUCUCAACCUCCUCCUCACGCCGUCGAUUUGAACCUAAACGCUUCAACGUCUCAUCUUGCGAAUGGGUUUUGGGUAAAUGAAAAUGGGUUUGGUGUUGGAGCUAAUCUUACGGAAGGAGGAUUGGAUUUGAACUGUGGAUUUGGGUUUCUUGGGUUUGGUUUCAGUGGCUCUUCAGACAUGGGUUUUGAGAACAAUCAAAUGCCUCAAGUUGGGGUUUUGAAUCCGCAGAUUUAUCAGCAAAUGGGUCAAGAACAAGCUAAGGUGCUUCAGCAUCCACAUGAAGCUCAGCAAGAGAACGCAGACAAACAAGGGUCUUAAAGCUUGAACCUUUAGUGCUUCUCUUUACUUAGAUAUGCAUAUAUAGUUAGUGAGAUGUCUGAGAUAUAUGCUUUUGGUGGAAUCUCAAGCUUAGUAUAGCUUUUAGGGAAUGCAUUUUGUGGCAAAAUGUGCUUAUUUGUACCUUAGCUUGCUUAAACUCUCUCUCUAAUCAAUGGCUUUCAUGUACUUAAUCACGUUAUAAAGUUACUAAGUAUGUAGUUUCUGCUCUUUAAAAGUGCACUGAA